GGACCCCAGAUUUGUAACCCGACUCCGCCCGCCGCUGCAUAUCGUUAGGGAAGGUCCGCGGUGUCAUGAACGUUGAUAAUGCUUGACCGACAAUAAAAGUCGACAUUCCUGAGACAACGCAUCUACGCGCAAACGAGCUACAAACCACAACAUUAAAUCCAUCUUGAUUUGUGGAUCGCGCAAGCCUUUAGCAUUCGGAUCAAACAAAUCUUGUGUUCUAGAUCCUAACGUUCUCCCGCGCUGAUCUUGUGUCGACACCCUGUUGAAGAUCAUAGGAGGAGGACCGCAAAGCUCCGUAUCUUCGGGCAACACACAAACGAGCACAAUGGGACAAAGUGUUUCAUGGCUUUCAGGCCUCAUCUGGGCGAAGAAGGAGAUCAGGAUUCUGAUCCUCGGCCUGGACAAUGCAGGCAAAACAACAUUGCUGUAUAGGUUGAAGAUAGGAGAUGUCGUUACGACGAUACCGACGAUAGGCUUCAACGUGGAGUCAGUGACAUACAAAAAUCUCAACUUCAACGUAUGGGACUUGGGUGGUCAGACAUCGAUCCGUCCCUACUGGCGAUGCUAUUAUGCCAACACGGCAGCGGUCAUCUUCGUGGUCGAUUCGACGGAUAUCGACCGUUUACAAACCGCAGCCGACGAGCUGGCAGCUAUGCUGAACGAGGACGAGCUGAAGGAUGCAGCAUUGCUGGUCUUUGCAAACAAGCAGGAUCAGCCUGGAGCAAAGGGAGCCGGUGACAUAUCACAGGCACUGAGGCUUGGCGAGCUUCGGGACAGAAACUGGAGCAUCAUGGCAUGCUCUGCUGUCGACGGCAGCGGUGUAAAUGAAGGCAUGGAUUGGCUCGUGCAAACGGUCUCGCAAGAGUCAUAAGUUACUAGACUCUUGGUAUUACACUUCACCCACACGACCUUUUUAUCUACGACUAUAUUAUGCUGGUUUGGACUACAUUAAGGGAGUGCCGGUCUCACUCACACAGCUGUCCCGAGACAUUAUUACUUUCAGCAUUGCGCGCGGUAGAGAUCUACCUCGACGGUCUAUCCGUUUGCGCCUACUAAUAACAAGGGAAUUUGCGAACUGCAAAACUGGGCUCGCAUGCCUAAUAGUUCAAACUUGCAUAUGCUUGACUCUCAUAUUCACAUUCCCCAACUUGCAACAUAGACAUCAGCACAUGGCUGCGCGCCAAAUAGUUCAUCGCUCUCAUCGCUGAGGUUGGACUGAUUUGUUACGGUUGUGCUGAAUACAGCCCUGAUGUAUGGGCGACUCUCGUUUUGUUAGUACCCAUGAUAUUAUGGUUACUUCAGCUAACACCUGCAAGUCAAUUUACUCAUUCUGGCGGGUAAAUAAUUGGCCAAGUUGCUUUGACUUGGCAUUUAUUUCCGUCCGUGUUUGACGGCAUGACAUCCCUUCUAUUGUCACAUAUUCUGUCUUUUUGCUCUCCUUUGACCAAGUCUCGGUGCAGGUUCCAAAGCCUCUUAGAUCUCAAAGUUGCUCGACUAUGAUUACAAUGAUGAUGGUGUUGAUUGGUAGCAUUCUACCAUGCUUAGCCAGUCACCUGACCCAACCAAGCCACCAUACCGACUCUUGGCAGCAGGGCCUCGAUGACUCCGCCGUGGAGGGGAGGGUGUGAAUAGCCGGAAUACGGCACAGCGGUAUGACGACAACAUAGCCAAAGCAGCCCAACGACUCCAUAUCGGGGCAAUCCCUACCUCCGACAUUUGCAUACUGCUCGGUACCUUUUGACGUAGAUAUGCAUGGCUGGGUUCUAGGCGCUUACACCCCUCGAGUCUAAAUUUGAGUUAGAUUCAAGUUCAACCCCUACG